AUGAAAGCACUUCAGGAGGAGCAUAUGUAUCACCAUUUCAGUCAUCACCAUCCAAUGGUACGUACCAAUUUAACCUCUUCAGGAAACGUUACCUGUUCUGGGUGCAAGCUCGACAUACUACCAGCUAAGGGCCAUUACCACUGCAAAACCUGUCCUUUCUACCUUCACCAAGUGUGCUACAAUAUGCCUAGGAAAACCCGACAUCCUGGCCACCCUGCUCACGUUUUAACCCUCCAUAUCAUGCCUUCAUUUGGAGAGGAAACCUUCAAGUGUGAGGCUUGUGGACAUCAUAUCAAUGGAUUCUACUACUACUGUGCAGAAUGUUCCACUUGCUACCAUAUCUUAUGCUCGGCACUGCCACUUUCUGUAGCAAUCACUUCCCAUCUUCACACGCUCAAACUAGAGUUUUCACCUCCUUAUGACUUGCGAUGUGACAUAUGCAAAGAACCGGCCAGCUAUAAAGGAUGGCUUUAUAGGUGUCAAAUCUGUGAGUUUGAUACACAUCUUGCCUGUGCCAUUUCCAAUCAAAGAACACAAUCUUUUCGGCAUCCAACUGCACCAUUGCCAAACCCUUUGACAAGACAGAUUAUGUAUUCCUCAGCAUCCCUAAUGGAAACUAAACAAAGAGAAGAUUAUGUCAACGAAGGCACAGAACUAAAGCAAUUAGUAUCCCAGGGCGUCCCUAGGAACAUCAGAGAGAACAGAACACAAGAAAAUUUUCUUAAAACAGUGGUUGGAUGGGAUGAGAGAUUGCAUAGUCCUAAAAGGAAACUUACAACAAGAAAUGGCCAGGAUGAAAACUUCGGAUCAAGUCACAAGCCGGAUAUUGCUGGCACUUCUCCGAAACCAAAAGUACAGGCACAAGAGACAGACCAAACAAGUCUAGUUUCAGGUGACUUGAGUACAGCUCCAAGUUACCAGUUUAGCGAUGGAUGUUUUUCAAUAGAUUUGGCAGGAUCUUAUUCAAGUUUCGAUCAUACAACUCUGGCAAGAAAGGAGCCUAAACUUUCUGAUACAAGCCCUCUCCAGAAGGUUAAAGAAACAAUCAGUGAUGGAAAUGACAUUAUGAUCGAGAGGAUUAUGAGCAACUUUGAACUAACCAAACAAGAAACUAUUUAUGCUAAGAAGGAAAGUUUUGAUUUUUGUAACCCGGACAGUAGGAUGAAAGAGGGAUUUUUAACCGGAGAUGGUACUCAUUCAGGGGGGCAGAGGAAUAGAAAGAAAAUGUCAAAUGAAUCCAGGUGCGUGUCUGGAAUUGGAGAUCAGAGCAGCAAAUCCGAGCAAGGAAGAUCAGGGUGUUCAUCUUGUUGGAAGCUCUUCCAAUAUUGCUUUUCUCCUAAGUAUGAGAGAAGUACUACAGUUUUCAGUGAUGGAAGAAAUUGAAAAGAAGAAAAGGGAAAUUGUGUGCAAGAUUGUUAAUUUUCAAUCCAGGGUAGAAAGCUACUCACCCAGGAUGCUCCUCCUUUUUCUGUUUUUCCCCUUUCAAACACAUAGUUGUAAAUUGACAAUACGCUAGCUAUUCAAAGUUUUGGCUAGCUUAAUAUGAUGUCCCUUCAAUCUG